AUGUCUUCAAGCAAGGAGCCAACAGCCUCCUCCAUAUCAUAUACAGACUCUUCUGAAAAGAAUGAGAAGCAAGAAAAUAUAGACUUCAACAAGAUUCAUGAUGUUGAAGUUGCGGAAAUUCAAACAAUAAGAGAUGGUGAUACUGAAUCAGUCUUUGGUGAAGAUCGUACACGUUUGAAACAAGGAUUGAAUCAACGUCAUUUACAGAUGCUUACACUAGUGGGUGUUUUCGGUACAGGUAUUUUCUUGUCCUCAGGUGGACAGCUGGCUACUGCUGGUCCUUGUGGUACUUUUCUAGCUUAUACUCUUAUUGCUUUGAUUGUUGGUUUGAAUCAAAUGGGGUUGGCUGAAUGUGCUUCUUUAAUGCCGACCUCAUCCGCAACUGUCCGUCAUUGUGAACAAUUUGUGGAUGAAGCUUGGGGUUUUACUUAUGGUUGGGUUAGUGUUUGGAGUUCAAUCAUGCCUAAUGAAAUCUCUGCUGCUGCCUUGAUUGUUUCGUAUUGGUCGGACUUAUCACAAGGUAUUUGGAUAACUAUUAUCAUUUUCGUGAUUUACGCCUCAAAUUCUUAUUCUAUUAGAUUUUAUGGUGAAUUGGAAUUCGUUUUUGCCAUUAUUAAAUUGUCAUUGCUUAUUGGUUUGAUUAUUGUCUCCAUUGUUAUUACAUGUGGUGGUGGUCCAAAUGGGAAAAGUAUUGGUUUCCAAUAUUGGAGAAAUCCAGGUCCGUUUGUUGAAUAUUUAACUAAAGGUGACUUGGGUAAGUUUGCUGGGUUUUGGAAGGCAUUAUCUGGUGUUGUCUAUUCUUAUGGUGGUGUUCAAUCAGUUCCUGCAUUGGCAGCUGAAGUCAAAUAUCCAAGAAGAACUGUCUUUACUGCUUGUAAAAGAAUCUUUUAUAGAGUUUCAAUCUUGAUGAUUUUAACUGCAUUCUGUCUAACCCUUAUUGUUCCAUCAAAUGACAAAACAAUUGCAAACUCAACAGGUAAUGCUGCAUCUUCACCAUUCGUCGUUGCCAUGAAGAAUGCAAACAUUAAAGUGCUACCACAUGUUGUUAAUGCUGCGGUCUUAACCUCUGCUUUCAGUGCUGCCAACUUACAAUUGGUUUAUGGAUCAAGAAACUUAUUUGCUCUAGCUGUUAAAAACCAAGCACCAAAAAUCUUUUUGAAAACCAAUAAGAGAGGUAUCCCUUGGGUUGGUACAACUUUCUGUGCUUGUUUUAUGCCAUUAGCUUAUAUGAAUCUAUCCACAAGUUCUGCCAAUGUUUUCAACUGGUUCCAAUCUAUUGUCUCUGCUAAACUAUUAUUUGGCUGGAUUUUGAUUUCUUCGAAUCAUAUUCAUAUGACAAGAGCAAUGAAAGUUCAAGGUAUACCAAGAUCGAGAUUACCUCAUUCCAUAGGAUUUGCUCCGCAGGCUGCUUGGAUCUCUGGUAUUGCUUCCUUUAUAUUAUUACUCACUGGUGGGUUUAAGAAUUUUGUCAAAGGUCAAUUCUUGAUUAGUUCUUUCUUCAGUUCAUACUUUAUCAUUCCAUUAUCUUUAGGUUUAUACUUUGGCUGGAAGUUUUUCAAAGGCACUAAAUAUUUGAAACCUCAUGAAGUUGAUUUGGAAUCAUUGUUUAAAGAUGCUGAGGAAAACCCAGAGCCACCAUUAGAAAAAGUCAGAGGCUGGAAACUCUUGACCUUGUUGUGGUCUUAG